UGCAUCAGCUCUGUGAAUUCUUGCAAUCUAUUGCCUGGGAAAGUGCCUUGCCAUUAAACAGAAAACCCUCCCCUCCCUGCUGUGCGUGACGCGGCCUCCCUCUGCACACAGUGCACGAAGACGCUGUCAGGAGAGCCCAGGAUUUAACACGGGCCUUGAGAAAUGUGGCUCUUGUACCUCCUGGUGCCGGCCCUGUUCUGCAGGGCAGAAGGCUCCAUUCCCAUCCCUCAGAAGUUAUUUGGGGAGGUGACUUCCCCUCUGUUCCCCAAGCCUUACCCCAACAGCUUUGAAACAACCACUGUGAUCACAGUCCCCACAGGAUACAGGGUGAAGCUCGUCUUCCAGCACUUUGACCUGGAGCCUUCUGAAGGCUGCUUCUAUGAUUAUGUCAAGAUCUCUGCUGAUAAGAAAAACCUGGGGAGGUUCUGUGGGCAACUGGGUUCUCCACUGGGCAACCCCCCAGGAAAGAAGGAAUUUAUGUCCCAAGGGAACAAGAUGCUGCUGACUUUCCACACGGACUUCUCCAACGAGGAGAAUGGGGCCAUCAUGUUCUACAAGGGCUUCCUGGCCUACUACCAAGCUGUGGACCUUGAUGAAUGUGCUUCCCAGAGCGAAUCAGGGGAGAAGGACCUCCAGCCCCAGUGCCAGCACCUGUGUCACAACUACGUUGGAGGCUACUUCUGUUCCUGCCGUCCAGGCUAUGAGCUUCAGGAGGACAGGCAUUCCUGCCAGGCUGAGUGCAGCAGUGAGCUGUACACGGAGGCAUCGGGCUACAUCUCCAGCCUGGAGUACCCCCGGUCCUACCCCCCUGACCUGCGCUGCAACUACAGCAUCCGGGUGGAGCGGGGCCUCACCCUGCACCUCAAGUUCCUAGAGCCUUUUGAAAUUGAUGACCACCAGCAAGUACACUGCCCCUAUGACCAGCUACAGAUCUAUGCCAACGGGAAGAACAUUGGCGAGUUCUGUGGGAAGCAAAGGCCCCCCAACCUUGACACCAGCAGCAAUGCUGUGGAUCUGCUGUUCUUCACAGAUGAGUCGGGGGACAGCCGGGGCUGGAGGCUGCGCUACACCACCGAGAUCAUCAAGUGUCCCCAGCCCAAGACCCUAGACGAGUUCACCGUCAUCCAGAACCUGCAGCCUCAGUACCAAUUCCGUGACUACUUCAUUGCUACCUGCAAGCUAGGCUACCAGCUCAUAGAGGGGAACCAGGUGCUGCACUCCUUCACAGCUGUCUGCCAGGAUGAUGGCACAUGGCAUCGUGCCAUGCCCAGAUGCAAGAUCAAGGACUGUGGGCAGCCCCGAAACCUGCCUAAUGGCGCCUUCCGUUAUACCACCACAAUGGGGGUGAACACCUACAAGGCACGUAUCCAGUACUACUGCCACGAGCCAUAUUACAAGAUGCAGACCAGAGCUGGCAGCAAGGAGUCUGAGCAAGGGCUGUACACCUGCACAGCACAGGGCAUUUGGAAGAAUGAACAAAAGGGAGAGAAGAUUCCUCGGUGCUUGCCAGUGUGUGGGAAGCCCGUGAACCCCGUGGAACAGAGGCAGCGCAUCAUCGGAGGGCAAAAAGCCAAGAUGGGCAACUUCCCCUGGCAGGUGUUCACCAACAUUCAUGGGCGAGGGGGUGGAGCCCUGCUGGGCGACCGCUGGAUUCUUACGGCUGCCCACACCCUGUAUCCCAAGGAACACGAGGCACAAAGCAACGCCUCCUUGGAUGUGUUCCUGGGCCACACAAAUGUGGAAGAGCUCAUGAAACUGGCCAAUCACCCCAUCCGCAGGGUCAGCAUCCACCCGGACUACCGUCAGGAUGAGUCCCACAAUUUUGAGGGGGACAUCGCCCUGCUGGAGCUGGAAAAUAGUGUUACCCUGGGUCCCAACCUCCUCCCCAUCUGCCUCCCUGACAACGAGACUUUCUAUGACCUGGGCUUGAUGGGCUAUGUCAGUGGCUUUGGGGUCAUGGAGGAGAAGAUUGCUCACGACCUCAGGUUUGUCCGUCUGCCCGUAGCUAAUCGAGAGGACUGUGAGACCUGGCUCCGGGGAAAGAAUAGGAUGGAUGUGUUCUCUCAAAACAUGUUCUGUGCUGGGCACCCGUCUCUAAAGCAGGAUGCCUGCCAGGGGGAUAGUGGGGGCGUUUUUGCAGUAAGGGACCCAAACACUGAUCGCUGGAUGGCAACGGGCAUCGUGUCCUGGGGCAUCGGGUGCAGCAGGGGCUAUGGCUUCUACACCAAAGUGCUCAACUACGUGGAUUGGAUCAAGAAAGAGAUGGAGGAAGAGGACUGAGCCCAGAAUUCGCUAGGUCCAAAUCCAGAGAGCAGUGCGAAAAAAAAAAAAAAAAAACUGACCAGUUGUUGAUAACCACUAAGAGUCUCUAUUAAAAUCACUGAUGCAGAAAGACAGUGUGGAAAUUCUCUUUCCUAUAGUCCCAUUGACGUACUUUACCUGAAACAACCCAAAGAGGCCCUUUCUUUCUUCCGAGGAUUGCAGAGGAUGUAGUUAUCAAUCUCUAGCUGUCACUUUCCUUUUCCACUUUUAUACCAUUGGGUCAUUGAAUAUAACUUUUUCCAAAUAAAAUUUUAUGAGAAAUGCCAGCGUG